CCUCCCCUUGUUUGUGAGGCUCACUCCGGGGCUGCAGUUCACUCACCAUGGCCUCGUCUCCCCUCAAACACUUUCUGGUUACAUAUUUAAUGCCAGAAAAAUGUUACGAGAGGAUUGUUGUCAAGCUUCAGCUGGACGGUCCUUGUUUAAAGUUUGUGCUGAACAGGAUCUUGGCAUUAUGCAUCAUAAUGGACACAUUUGUAGCUCAGCUGCCUCAGCUGUUGAAGAUAGUGUGGAGAGGAAGUGCAGAGGGCCUGAGUCUGACCGCCGGCCUGCUGCAACUUUAUGCCUUCUCAUGUCCUGUUGUGUACGCCAUGGCCAACAACUUCCCGUUAUUCGCCUGGGCUGAGAGGUUCAUCGUGUUGGCUCAGACAGCAGCGCUCGUCUUCCUCAUCCUGCAUUAUCGCGGCGAAACCCUCAAAGGCAUACUGUUGCUCUUGUGCUACACUGGUGUGAUGUUCCUCCUGGGCUCCUAUACAGCUAAAGCUGUCGCCUCGGUGCUGCAGGACUCCAGACUGGCAGUUUUAAUUGCAAGCAAGGGUUUCCAGGCUCAUACAAACUACUGCAGCGGUCACACCGGCCAGCUGUCCACCCUCUCUGUGUUCCUGUCAUGGACAGGCUCUCUGGGAGUUCUCUAUGUGUCUCUACAGGACAUUGAAAGCUGGUUUGAGGCUUUCUUACACGUUCUGUCAGCCUGCCUCAGCUGCGUCCUCCUGGCCCAGGUCCUCUGCUACAGGAGCAGCGCGGCCACAACUGAAAAGAAGAGUGAGUAGAGGAGGAGGAGGAGGAGGAGGAGAAAUGGACUCAUGCAAACCCUGUCGCUUUAAAUAUGAUGGGUCAUUCUGUGCCACAUUCUGGCCUGAUUAUGUAAGAUGUUAGAUGAUUAUGUAAAACAAAAUCUGUGUGCUACACUCAGAUUUAAAUCAAACAAGUCAUAUGAGAAGUCUUGUUGUCAUGCAAUUUGAUACCUUAUUUCUUACUACUUUUAGUGUUUUUAAGGGUGAGGGAUGAACAGUCUUUUGUCUCCCUCUAGUGGUUAACGGGAACAAUUACUGAACUGUCACUAACGGUUUGUUUUUGGGUGUGGUUGAAGUUGCCUGGUGGCUCUGUUACUGUUUUUCCAGCCCCCUCAAAUUGUGGUUCACUAACUAUUUGCAGAAGUCAAACGUAAAUGUUUUUAAUCCCAACUCUAAACUGGCUGAUCGUGUUCGUCUACGGAUAGAAACAGCGAGGCGAAAACGAGAAGAGUUUCUCUUUUUUGUAAUAAGUGAGAGUUAUACCUAAAUCACACACGUGGUGUUAAAUAUGGGAGGAAGUCCGGUCAUGCAGCAGUCACACACACACACACACACACACACACACACACACACACACACACACACACACACACACACACACACACACACACACACACACACACACACACACACACACACUCACACAAACUUCCAUUGAGCCACAUUUUUUCACUUUCUAGUUCCUACAAUGUGUUAAGGCAACAUCCCGCUGGUGAUGCAUUCAUGUGACAGGGACGUUUCUGUAUGUAUGCUGACUGGAGAAAACGCUCAGUAAACUCUGUAAAGUUCAACUCCAGUUGAAAUUGUAUUUUCUAUUUUUAUGGUUUAUUUGAUAGUGACAGAUACAAUAUAUACAAAGACACACUGAAAACAGCAAUCCAAUGCAAGUAUCAUUGUGUUUAUAGCGAGGGCUAAUUUGCAACACUCGUCCCUAGAAGAAAAAGAAGAAAGAGUAAACUGGGUAGAGACAGAUGCAAUAAGACAUUUAGCUGUGACAUACGUAGCUACAAAAAACUAAACAUGAGUUCAAGUGUGUUGCUGAACUAACCAGCACUGGGUUGCUCUCUUAAAAGUAGUAAAGUUCGCAGUAAGCUUCAGGUGAUCAGGUAGCAAGUUCCAGGAUGUUGCUCCUUUCAUGCGGUACAGCUUCAUGUUUUUCUGUUUGGCAACAGACAAUAUGUUGUCCUAUUUCUUUUCUAUUCCUUUACAGUAUUUGCUUCUCCAUAGAAGUCGUCUGUUACAGGGUUACGGGUUUAUUUAACGAGUCUCCAGGUUGCGUUUUGAUGUUCAUGGUGCAUGUUGCAGCUCGAGGGGGUUACGAGCUUUAGUCAAUAAUUCAUCAGAUUUUUCUUGCUGCUCUUAGAGAUUGAACACCAAGCAGCUUGACGUCACAAACACUACGCUUCAAAUACUACUAGUGCCUCAAGUAAAAAGUAAGCGAAUGCCUUCAUGUUAAGCUUCAUAUAUAACUUUUAAAUACUUGAACAUGUCGAUGUUGUGUCCCCCAGGAGCUGCUUUUUAGAUGUAAGAACUUUAUUUUCUUAUUGCAAGCCGCUCGGUUCCUCCACAGAUUUUUAAUCUUCUGCAUCAACGACACAUUAAGCGAGUUUGUUUUGGCAGGUUCUUGUUACUUUCAUCCAACUGAGCACAAAAAACGUGUAAUUGCUCAAUAAUUAUAAAAAAGUUUCUUUGAAGGUUUUUACCGUGUUGUUAUGUUCAUCAUUUUUAACUGAUUUUUUUUUUGUUACUUUAAUAAAUGUUGAACUGCAUUUAAACAGGAUGUGAUUUUUUUUGUCUCUGGACAUUAAUAAAGUGAAAUGUUGCCACAUCAACCGUAUGUGUGAGUGCAGGCUUAAAGCGUUAACACAGUUGUUGCAUUAGGUCACCUUCAGGACGGCCACAGGUGUAAAGUAUGAACAAACACUCCCUAUGUGUACAAAGCGU